AUUUUGAAGAGCUCUGAGUCCAGCGUGUUGAUUCAGACCUAAACAGAAGCAAAAUCUGCAUUGGAGUUCAAAACAAGCGUAAAAUAAGCGAUACAGAGGCUUAAACAGGCGAAUUUUUGUUAUUUUCUGUUAUUUUAUUUGGUGAUAGUGCAGCGUCUGCAGUGAUUACAGGUUAUUAUAUGAGGUGGAAAUAGCCCUAAAGCUGCAGAAUUUUCCCGCCGGAUAGAACAGAAUGUCACAGGAGAGUCAACACGGCAAGUGGACCCUGUCCGACAGUGACGAAGAUGACAACAUAGUACCUCCAACACCCCCGAAAAAGCCAGACAUCAAGCUAAACCCCAAGCCAAAUGUGAAGCCAGACCCAGAGAGCAAAGCCUCUACGGUUAACACUGUUCCAAAACCCAAGCCUGAGCCCAAAUCACAAGUUAAUGUGAAACCUAAGCCACCAGUUAAGACUGAGAAAAUCCCUCCCACCUCCUCCCUCCCCAUGGGCUCUGAGGCCCGAGAGGCAGCGCACCUCAGCCAGAACAAUCCUGUAAAAUAUGAAAACAGCUCUUCUCCAGCUCUGAAACGCAAGAGAGAAACCGACGAGGGAGGCUGGAACCUCUCUAGCAGUGAUGAUGAUGAUGCAGCUCCUUCAUCUGCCCCUAAAACAAAGCCUAAACAGCCGAGCUCCAGAAGUCCACCGAGGAAGAAGACCGAGGAGAAGCGUCCGCCGAGCCCCCACGGUGCUAAUUACUAUAAAGAGGAGCCCAGCGAUUUCUUUGAGGCCAACUUAUCAGCUAUGAACGACACAUACCGCUUUUAUUUAAACAAAGUGUCUGGUAUAGAAAAGAAGUUCAACACUGGAGCUUUGCACAUCAAAGAAAUACUUUCCCCUAUGUUUGGCACGCUGAAGGAGUCCGUCCAGUUCAACUACUGUUUUGAUAUUCCAUGGAUGGUGAAACAGUAUCCUCCAGAAUUUAGGGAUAAGCCUGUGAUUAUCGUGCAUGGAGAAAAACGAGAGUCAAAGGCUCGACUGAUCCAACAGGCACAACCGUACAGCCACAUUCGCUUCUGUCAGGCCAAGCUGGAUAUUGCCUUUGGAACACAUCAUACGAAGAUGAUGCUGUUGUGGUAUGAGGAAGGAUUCAGAGUCGUCAUUCUGACAUCAAACAUGAUCCAGGCUGACUGGUAUCAGAAGACCCAGGGACUGUGGAUGAGUCCUCUAUACUCCAGGUUACCUGAGGGAAGCCCAGAGACUGCAGGAGAGUCUCCCACCCACUUCAAACGAGAUUUGCUGGAAUACCUGAGGGCAUAUCGAGCCCCUGAGCUGGCUGAGUGGAUCGAGCGCAUCAAAGAGCACGAUCUGUCAGAAACCAGGAUCUACCUGAUUGGUUCCACUCCAGGGAGGUUCGUGGGAUGUGACAUGGAGAAAUGGGGUCAUCUGAAACUGCGCAAGUUGCUGAGUGAAAACACAUGCCCAGUCCAGAAUGCAGGGCAGUGGCCAGUGAUUGGUCAGUUCUCCAGCAUUGGCUCUAUGGGUAUUGAUAAGACCAAAUGGCUUGCAGCAGAGUUCCAGCGAACGCUGAUGACACUAGGGAAGGCUGGGAGCUCAUCAUCCAGUCCGGACACACCGAUGCUUCUGGUCUAUCCUUCAGUGGACAAUGUUCGAACCAGCUUAGAAGGAUACCCAGCCGGAGGCUCGUUGCCCUACAGUAUACAGACAGCGCAGAGACAGCUCUGGCUCCAUUCUUACUUCCAUCGCUGGAAGGCCGAGACGUCAGGCAGGAGUAAUGCCAUGCCCCACAUCAAGACCUACAUGAGGGUCUCCCCGGACUUCUCUCAGCUGGCCUGGUUUCUCGUUACGAGUGCCAAUUUGUCCAAAGCUGCCUGGGGUGCACUGGAGAAGAACAAUACUCAGAUCAUGGUUCGCUCCUACGAGCUGGGAGUUCUGUACCUGCCCUCAGCCUUUCACAUGAGCACAUUUCCAGUGGAGAAGAACGUCUUCCCCGUCUCCUGCUCCUCCACAGGUUUCCCAGUACCGUUUGAUUUGCCUCCACAUCGCUACUCAGAUAAAGAUCGGCCAUGGAUCUGGAAUAUUCCGUACACACAAGCGCCGGACACCCACGGGAAUAUUUGGGUGCCAUCCUGAAAACCUUUAACCUUAAUACAAGGAGGAGUCAGGAGAUAACUGCUGUAUAAACUGAUGGAUGAAAGUUUUUUUUUACAGUUAAAGGCUUGUAGAGGAAUGUAGGCCAGUAAAAACGGUGCUUAAAAUGAAAAAAGACCAACAACCAGACUAGUUCUUACUUACUACUGUCAAUUAAAAAUAAAUAAAUGAUUAUAAAUGUACUGAACUGUAUUUUUAUGUAUGUGUGUUUUUUGAUAUUUGUAUCAUUCUGAUAUCAACCCGUCUUGGAUAUUAUUUUAGCCAGUGAGCUGUGAAGAGCUGAAAAUGCUGUGCUGUGUAAUAAAAUAUGUUUUUUGAAUUUGAA